AUGGGAGACGCCCGGCGCCCCCUCAGCCUCUCCGCUAUCGCUGCCGCCCGGCCCCGGAAAGAUGCAGCGUCGGUGGCCCCAGCCGCGCCCAAGCUCGAGGCCGAGGAGGCCACCAAGCCACGCCGGCGGAGGGCCAAUGCCAAAGCGACGGAGGAGGACGUCGGGACAGUGUCCGAGCAUCAUGAUAAGCCGAAUAAGACGGAGACGAAGACGAAGAGGGCAGCACCAGCCAAGGCUCCGUUGUCGACGGAAGAGGCAGCCGCCGACCCGAAGACGACGACGGCGGACAAGAAGCUGAAGGCAUCGAAGAAGACCAAGGCCAAGGCCAAGGUGGUGGACGAGCUCUCGGGAGAGGAGGUCGCCGGCAGUGGUACGCCGAUGAAGAACGCGCGUAAAGGAGGCGAGAAGGCACCCACCACCACCACAGGAGAGAUGGAGAAGACGAAGAAGGCCACCAGGAAGACGUCUUCCACGCUCAACAACGACUUCGACUACGUCUACCACAGCAAUAAUGCUGUCGACUCUAUGGACGCUAUGGCCGCAGCCGCAGCCGCAGCCGCCGACGCCGACGCCGGCGCUGACACCGAUGCCGAAGCCGCCCAGCACCGGAUGAAGAGAAUCACGCACUCCGUGCGGGAACUGACGCGCUCGCCUGGUGAGAUAGGGCACAUCAACGACGGUGGCAACAAGGCCGCCGGCGCGUCGGAGAACCUGGACGACGAAGAACUUGGAGACGAGCUGCAGUUGGAAGACGAGCUGAAGUUGAACGACAGGCAGAUCGCGGCGGUGGAGCUGGCGAUCGGCAUUCCCGAGCGGAAGAUCAAGGCCGCGCUCCGCCUGCGCCUCGUCGAGGGCAACACCGUCCCGUUCAUCGCUCGCUACCGCCAGGAAAUGACAGGCGGCCUCGAUGAAGAGGAGAUCAGGAAGGUCGAGAAGGAGUACGAGUAUCAGCGCCGCCUGGAGCUACGCAAGGAAGCCACCAUCAGUGCCAUCGCCAAGCAAGGAAAGCUCACUGACGAGUUGGCAGAGACGAUUCGGAGCUGCACGAAGCUGCAGAGGGUGGAAGACCUCUACGCGCCCUAUAAAGAGAAACGGAACCACUCUCACUUGGGCUUGGGCCUGGUUGCACGUGGAACGAACGCGCAGGAAGACGCUGGCGUCGGCGGCGAUUGCCAAAGGCUUGUACUCGAGCGGCGGAUAACCGACGCAGAACUCGACGCUCAUGUGGCGCAGCACGUCGACGAGGAGAAGGGGCUGCCGCGACCCGAAGACGUCAUCGAGGGAGUGAAGCACAUCAUCGCCGAGAUGGUCAAGGGCGGGGCGCGCGAUCUUUUCGAACGGAUCGCAUACAUCAACGCUACGCGCGCCGCGGAAAGCGAUAGCAGCAAGUCCACCGCCAGCGAUGGCAGCGUCUACGCACACUACGAGAAUUUCUCGAAGCUGGCACGCUACGCGAAGGCCCACCAGAUCCUGGCGCUCAACCGCGGCGAGAAGCAGAAGUUUCUCAAGUUUGACAUCGUCGCCGACCAUCAAGCGCUGCUGGACCUGAUACGCAAGGACUACAGGCUGGUGCACCACCAGCCAGCAGCGGCGUCCGACGACGGGAAGAAGUUGAGCGUGGCGGCUGCCGCCGGCGGUCAGGUCGUGGAGGUCAUCGAGCAGGCGAUUGCAGACUCGCUCAACCGGCUGCUCCUGCCUUCGCUGAAGCGAGAGCUGCGCGCCAAGCUCACCGAACAGGCCGAGCAGCAGGCCAUCUCCAUCUUUGCGCGCAACGUCGAGAACAUCCUCAUCGCACCUCCCGUCCGAGGCAAGACGAUCCUGGGAAUUGAUCCGGGCUUUAGGUCAGGCUGCAAGCUGGCCGUGAUCGACGAGGGGCAGCUGGUUGAAGUGGACACCAUCUACCCGCACAAGAACGCUCGUAGCUACUCAGAGGCGAUGACUCGAUUGGCGGAACUGGUCGUUGCGCAUGGCGUCAAUCUGGUGGCGAUCGGCAACGGCACGGGCCAUCGCGAAGCCGAGGAGUUGGUGUCGGAGACCAUCAAACGCCACCUGCCCGACCACGAAGCCCUGCAGUUCGCGAUUGUCAGCGAGUCCGGCGCGAGCGCCUAUUCGGCCUCGCCCGAGGCGGCCCAAGAGUUUCCCGAACUAGAGGCCCAACAGCGCGGCACCGUCUCCAUCGCCCGCCGCCUCCAGGACCCUCUCAGCGAAAUCAUCAAGGUCCCGGUGGAGAAUAUCGGGGUGGGCCUGUACCAGCACGAUGUCGACAGGAAGGGCCUGGUGCAGGCGAUCGGCGAGAGCAUCGAGAAGGUGGUCAAUCGCGUGGGCGUGAACCUCAACACGGCCUCGCUCUCCCUCCUGCAGUACGUGUCGGGCCUCGACGCCGGCCGCGCCCGCAAGAUUCUGGCCUACCGCCAGCAGAAGCCGGGGCCGAUCGCCAACCGGGCCGAGCUGCGUAACGUGUCGGGCAUCGGGGCCAAGACCUUCGAGCAGGCCGCCGGGUUCCUGCGGGUCUAUCACCGGGGCGAGGGCAAGGAGCCGCUGGAUGCGACGUCGAUCCACCCCGAGAGCUACGGCAAGACCUACAAACUAUUGGUCACGCGAGCGCUCCGCGACGUCGAGAGUGAUCCGGUCUGGCGACGGAGCGUGCAGCAGCAACUGGACGUGGGCGAAGCGACCCUCGAGGACAUUCUCACCAACCUCAAGAAGCCCGGGCUGGACAUCCGCGACGACCUGCCCCCGCCGCUCUUUCGCCGGGAGGUGGCCACCAUCGGCGAUCUGAAGGUGGGCGACGAGCUAAUGGGCACGGUCACCAACGUGGUGCCCUUUGGCGCGUUCUGUGACAUCGGCGUGGACACCACGGGGCUCUGCCACGUUCGCCAUUUGUCGCCCGACCCCACGAAUGACCGGAGGAAGGAGGUCGACGUCUCCGACCUGGUCGCAGUGGGGGACGUGUUGAAGCUGAAGAUCAUCAGCAUCGACCUCGAGCGAAAGCGGAUCGGCCUCCAGAACCUCUCGUCCGCCACCAGCGACCCCGUACUUCCUGUAUAA